CGGUGCGAACAGAAGAUAGGUGAAGAAGAAGGCGACGAAGAAGCUUUACGGCAAGUAAAAUGAGACAAAUAUUCUAAGCACCGGUUCGCUUUUCGGUGUUAUUAUGGCUGCUCAUCUAAAAAAGCGGGUUUACGAGGAAUUUUCCAAAGUUGUGCAGCAACAACCUCUUGAGGAGGUACCGGCUAAGAGGCUUCGUCUAACCAAGCCUAGUAAAUCUGCUGCCCUUCAUAUUGACCUGUGCAAAGCCACCAGCCCCACAGAUGCCCUGCAGUAUCUCCUCCAGUUUGCUCGAAAACCAGUGGAGGCAGAAAGCGUUGAGGGUGUAGUGCGCAUUCUUCUGGAGCACUAUUAUAAGGAGGCUGAUAACUCAGUCAGGCUGAAGAUUGCCUCACUGCUCGGUCUGCUCUCCAAAACAUCUGGUUUCUCCCCUGACUGCAUUGUUGAUGAAGUCAUUAACACUCUGAAUCAUGACAAGUCUAACCAGGUGCUGGCCCAGUUGCUCGACACUCUACUGGUCAUUGGCACACAGCUACCAGACAACAUGGCAGUCACUCAGAGACUUUACGACGUGGCCUGCAAGCACCUUCAAAGCACUUAUUUUGGGGUACGCAAUAAGUGUCUACAGCUCCUCGGCUGCUUGGGUUCUGUGGACAAACCUCCGAGUAAAGAGAGUGAGGCAGCACCAGGCACUUCCACUGCACCCCUAAGGGACGUCCAGAGUCUCAUCAGUGACUACUUCAAUGACCAGGACCCCCGGGUUCGCACAGCGGCCAUUAAAGCUAUGCUGCAACUACAUGAAAGAGGAAUGAAGCUCCAGCAGACGAUCUACAACCAGGCCUGCAAGCUCUUGAGCGACGACUAUGAGCAAGUGCGCUCAGCCGCCGUGCAGAUGGUGUGGGUGCUAAGCCAGCUUUACCCUGAGAGCAUCGUCCCUAUUCCGUCUUCCAACGAGGAGAUCCGGCUGAUCGAUGACUCUUUUGGGAAGAUCUGCCACAUGGUUAGCGAUGGCUCCUGGGUCGUGCGAGUGCAGGCUGCCAAGUUGUUGGGCUCUAUGAAGCAGGUGAGCCCACACUUCCUGGAGCAGACGCUGGACAAGAAGCUGAUGUCCGAUCUCAGGAGAAAGCGCACAGCUCACGAGCGAGCCAAAGAGCUCUACGCUUCCGGAGAAUUCUCCUCAGGCCGGAGAUGGGCGGACGACGCUCCCAGAGAGAAAGUGGACACGUCUGGUGUAAACCUGAUCGACUCCGGUGCCUGUGGAGCUUUUGUGCAUGGACUUGAAGACGAGAUGUACGAAGUGCGGAUCGCAGCCGUGGAGGCCUUGUGUUCUCUGGCUCUGUCCUCUCCCAGCUUUGCAGAGAAGUGCCUGGACUUCCUGGUGGACAUGUUUAAUGACGAAAUCGAGGAGGUGAGACUGCAGUCCAUCCACGUGUUGCGACAGAUCUCCACUCACAUCACGCUUCGUGAGGACCAGCUGGACACAGUGCUCGCCGUGCUCGAGGAUUCAUCACGGGACAUCCGAGAGGCCCUUCAUGAGCUGCUGUGCUACACGAACGUCUCGACCAAAGAGUGCAUCCAGCUGGCUCUGCUGGAGCUGCUGAAGAACCUCGCCAAGUAUCCGACCGACCGUAACUCGGUGUGGAAGUGUUUGAAGUUCCUCGGAGCUCGUCACCCCACUCUGGUGUUGCCCAUUGUCCCUGAGCUCUUGAGCACACACCCUUAUUUCGACACCCCAGAGCCGGACAUGGACGAUCCUGCGUACAUUGCCGUUUUAGUGCUGGUGUUUAAUGCAGCGACGUCUUGUCCCACCAUGCCAGCCCUGUUCUCAGACCACACGUUCCGGCACUACGCAUACCUACGUGACAGCCUCUCGCACCUCGUGCCUCAGCUCAGGUUACCAGGCAGGAAGCAGGCGGCGGGUCUGGGCUCGGAGUCAUCAGGAAUGGAGCCCUGCAGCCUGGACUCAGCGCAGCAGUUCCUCCAGGAGAGCUUGACUCGAGUCAGCAAUCUGCAGAACCUGGACUCAACUGGAGCUCAGGACCUGCUUGACUUUACCAUCAGAGACUUGCAGAGGCUCGGGAUGCUGCAGACGGAGCUGGCUGGAUCUGCGGAUUUUUGCGCAACAUACCUGCACUGUCAACUUCUACUUAUGAAGGCUCUACAAGAGAAGUUGUGGAACAUGGCUGUGCCUCUGUGUCUGAAACAGAAUGCCAUGGCAUCAACUGCUGCACAGCAGGUCCUAGAUGAGACAUAUAAGUUGGAAUUCCUAUACAGCGGACUGGAGACACGUCAUGUGGCAACUAUACAUAAUGUGCGACUGCAAGCCAAGGCACUACAACUUGUUCUUAAUUCCCGCACCAAAAGAGGGGUUGAGCCUCUUCUCGGAUCGUGUGAGAAGUUCCUACAGGAAGUGGAAUCCUUCCAAAGGCUCUUCAUGACCGAGCUGCCCCACCUUCAGGACAGUUUUGUGGAGAAGCUUCUAGAACUGAUGCCGAGACUCAUAGCCUGCAAACCUCUGGAUUUAGUAAAGAUCCUCCAGACCACUCUGAGACAUAACAGAUUCACUCACCUCAAACUCCCGGAGCAGAUCCACAGAGCUUCAGCUACGAUAAUUGAGCCGACAGGAGAGUCCGACAACCCGCUGCGGUUUACUUCUGGCUUAGUGCUGGGGUUAGACAUCGAUGCCACUCUGGAACACGUUCAAGACCCACAAGCUAAAGUUAAAGUGCAGGUUCUCUACCCAGAUGGACAGUCGCACAUAAUUCACCCCAAGCCUGGAGAUUUUAGGACACCAGGACCAGGAAGGACACGGCUCAUCACUCAGGUGUAUCUAUCCCAUACUGCCUGGACAGAGCCGUCUCAGAUCGAGGUGCAGUUGCUCCUGGCCUACAGCAGUAAACUGGCAGUGCACAAACCAGCCUGGGACGAGAGCACAGAAAGCCUGCCAACUACCGAAAGCUCAAUCGAGGGCACCAUCACCCUCAGCAAGCCUGUCAAGGUCUUCGUCAUGCCGAAACCUGCUCGGCGCUGACCUGGGACAGACAUUAAGAGACAAAUCUGUAGGAGGAAAAUUGCCUCCCAGCUGAACCGAGCUGCAACAAAUGAAUCAACAGCUUGUUUUGGUUAACACUGAAUUUAUUUUGGCAGAAAAUAUUGAUCUGUAGUUUUUCCAUAUAAUAAAACCUUGUAUUUUGUA